AUGGCUCAUCCAACCUUGCACGCAACGCGGUUACAGCCACCUGCGCAUGCGGCACCGGCAUCAUUAUCUCCGGCGACGACGUUGCCCAAUGAAAUUGUGUCGGCAAUUUUUGAGAGCAUGCCACAGGACGCGCUCACGCGUCUUGCGCGCGUCUGCUCGCGUUGGCGCGACCCCGCCGAGCGCCUUCUGUACGCCUCUGUGGUCAUCAGCGAGCCUAUCGUGUGCCGCUCACGCGAGCCCUACAAAGGGUUGACUCUACAUGGCGUUCCUCCGCUGACCCUACGCGUCUGUGAAACCUUGUCCGCACAUCCACAUCUGGCCGAGUCGGUGCGCCGCUUCCACCUCCGAUGGCAGCCCGAAAUUGAGCCCGACACGACGCCAUCUUUACUACUCGCUAUCGCGCAGGAGAUGGUCACGGCGCUGCUGCCCCGACUCGUCAACGUGGAAUCGCUGGAGCUGGCGCUGGGCCUGGGAAGCGUGGCCAAAUGUCCGCCUCUGGCGUCGAAACUAAGCAAGUGUUUCAUGCCGAAUCUACGCAUUCUUUGGCUCUCAGGCCUCCGCGGAGCGCCUGAGUGCUUUCUACACAAUCACCCGGGUCUUCUCCAUCUGCGCAUACCAGAUUACCACAUGCCCUUGCAGCUCGCGCCGUCUGACCUGCCCGCCCUGGCGUCGUUCCGCGGUUCACCCGCGGCAGCCGCCUCUCUCCUGCCUGGACGACCAGUGCAGAGUCUGGCACUCGUCGGAUAUGAGUUCGUUGGCGAGGCUGCCCUGGUCGCACUCGGAACGACAAGUGUGCCCGUCGUGGCGCUCGAUCUUACGGGCAUGAGCGUUACACCGACACUGUUGCGAGAUAUAGCGCGGGCAUUGCCCGCUAUCCGUGCCUUGCGCGUCCGCCUAGCUCUACGUCACACUCUGCACUACGCGCUAUCCGGCAUCCGUUUGCUAGCAGCACUCACACCCGCGCUCGGCGUAUUUCGCGAGCUGCAGUUUCUCGACUUGUCGCCCACCAGCUCGGUCGAUCUGGGCACGAUGAAUAGCUCUGAGGCCGAGGAAUUGCAUCUGAGCACUUCGUGGGCUGAAGCAUGCCCACAACUUAAGUCUCCACUUGGCAACAUAUCUCUCAGCACUUUCCCAACACCUCUCGGGAGCGUACACCCGCGUGUUGGGUGGAUCGCUAACGGACUUGAUUGGGUCCCAUACGGCACUAUCAAUCAGUUAACUUUCAGAUUGCAAGCCACUGAUACCGAUCCUGCGUGUACCUCUCUUCGAGCUCCGCCCGUCUUUCGUGGACAUCAGGGCCACCAAAAGCGCUGA